AAAAAAUAAAAUACGAAAGUCAGCCCUACUGUGUUCAGCUUCAGCAGCCACUGCGUUUCUCAGCUCCAUUUUCAUUCUCCAUCUUCAGCUCCAAUGAAUCUCAACACUUAAAAUAUUUUUCUUUCUUUGUGCAUGGAGUCGUCACAGCCGUCGUCCGAUUUCACAAUACAAUGAUUCAAUCAACGGCGUUGAUUACUACAUUCCGUUCAGUUAACUCAAUUCCUCUCUUCUUUAUUAAAUUCUUCCCAUUUUCCAUUUCAUCUUCAACCUCAGCAGAGUCUCCAGAACCUUCCAUUAAUCACCAACUCUUCUCCCUCCUUUCACAUCCGAAUUGGCAAAAACACCCUUCCCUCAAAACUCUAAUUCCUUCCCUAUCCCCUUCUUCCCUUUCUUCUUUCCUCUCACAAAACCCAAAUCUAAAUCCCCAAAUUGCCCUCUCCUUUUUUAAUUAUCUCUCUUGUGUCCCUUCCUUCAAACUCAAUGUUCAAUCCUACGCGCCCCUUUUACGCAUUUUAAUUUCCAAUAAUCUCUUUCGGGUCGCCCAAAAAACCCGACUUAACAUGCUUAAAUCUUGCGAAACGCGUGACGACGCCGUUUUUACGAUGCGUUUGUUGCUUGAUAUGAACAAAUAUGAUGAGUUUAAGCUCAAUGUGUGGGCUUAUAACACGUUGUUAAUGUGUUUAUCGCGAUUCGUUAUGAUUGAGGAAAUGAAAUGUGUGUUUGAUGAAAUGUUGAGUGAUUUAAUUAAGCCUGAUAUUUAUACUUUUAAUACUAUGAUUAAUGCUUAUUGUAAAUUAGGUAAUGUUGUUGAGGCUGAUUUUUAUUUGAGUAAGAUUUUGCAAGCUGAUUUGAGUCCCGAUACACAUACGUACACGUCGUUUAUAUUGGGGCAUUGUAGGAGAAAGGAUGUAGAUAGUGCUUACAAGGUGUUUGAAGAAAUGCCUAAGAAGGGUUGUCGAAGGAAUGUGGUUUCGUACAAUAAUUUGAUUCACGGGUUGUGUGAAGCGGGGAGGAUGGAUGAGGCGAUGAGGUUGUUUGUGGAAAUGGGAGACGAGGAUGCUUGUUGUCCGAAUGUGAGGACCUACACGAUUCUCAUUGAUGCGUUGUGUGGAUUGGAUAGGAGGGUGCAAGCGUUGCAAUUGUUUGAUGAGAUGAAGGAGAAAGGAUGCAAGCCGAAUGUUCAUACUUGCACUGUUCUUGUUGAUGGCUUGUGUAAAGACUUUAAGCUUGACGAAGCGAGAGUGUUAGUGAAUGUGAUGUCGGAAAAUGGACUAGUUCCAAAUGUGGUGACAUACAAUGCAUUGAUUGAUGGAUACUGUAAGAAAGGUUUGGUUGAUGUUGCAUUAGAUGUUUUUGACACAAUGGAAUCGAAUAAUUGUAUCCCGAAUGUCCGUACGUACAAUGAAUUGAUUUCUGGCUUUUGUAGGAUAAAGAAGGUGCAUAAGGCAAUGUCACUACUUGAUAAGAUGCUCGAACGCAAACUGUCUCCUACUGAUGUCACUUUUAACUUGUUAGUUCAUGGACAGUGUAAAGAGGGCGAAAUAGCUAGUGCAUUUAGGUUGCUUAGAUUGAUGGAAGAGAAUGGUUUGGCUCCUGAUGAGUGGACUUAUGGUACUCUAGUUGAUGGCUUGUGUGAAAGAGGCAGAGUUGAAGAAGCUCACACCAUUUUUAGCUCUCUGAAAGAGAAGGGUAUAAAGGUUAAUGUUGCGAUCUACACUGCUCUAAUUGAUGGAUUUUGCAAAGCUGAAAGAGUUGAUUUUGCCUUGACAUUGUUUAAGGAAAUGAUCGAGGAAGGUUGCUCCCCAAAUGCAUGCACUUAUAAUGUGCUGAUUAAUGGGUUGUGUAAACAGGGUAAUCAGCUGGAAGCAGCCCAAUUACUUCAAAGGAUGCUUGAAAGCGGUGUUAAACCCACAAUUGAAUCCUAUAGUAUCCUGAUUGAGCAACUACUGAAAGAAUCUGCCUUUAACCAUGCUUACAAGGUUUUUUAUUUAAUGGAUUCCAUGGGACACAAGCCUGAUGUCUGCAUUUACACUUCGUUUCUGGUUGCAUAUUACAAUGAAGAGAAAUUGAAAGAAGCAGAGGAUGUGAUGGCUAAGAUGGCAGAGGAGGGAGUUAGGCCAGAUUUGAUGGCCUAUACAGUAAUGAUUGAUGGCUAUGGUCGUGCAGGAUUAUUGAAUCGAGCCUUUGAUGUGUUAAAACGUAUGUUUCGUGCUGGACAUGAACCUUCUCAUUACACCUAUUCCAUUUUGAUCAAACAUUUGUCCCAAGGGGGACUUUAUCUCAAAACAGAGGCCAGUUCCAUUAAUAUUGCUGACGUGUGGAAAGCGGUGAAAUUCGAAACUUUGCUUGAACUCUUUGAUAAAAUGGGGGAAUAUGGCUGUCCUCCUAAUACAAACACUUUUAGUUCUCUUGCUACUGGCCUCUGUAGAGAAGGACGCAUUGAGGAAGCGUCGAGGUUACUUGAUCACAUGCAGAGCUGCGAAAUAUCUCCUAGUGAAGAUAUAUACACCUCAAUGGUAAAUUGUUGUUGCAAGUUGAAAUUGUUUGAGGAUGCAGCAAGAUAUCUUGAAACUAUGCUUACACAAGGUUUUUUACCAUGCUUAGAGUCAUGCAAGCUCCUCGUGUGUGGGUUGUAUGAUGACGGAAACAAUGAGAAAGCUAAGGCGACCUUCUUCCGGCUUCUUGAUUGUGGGUACAAUAAUGAUGAAGUAGCUUGGAAGCUUCUAAUUGAUGGCUUACUUAAGAGGGGUUUUGUAGAUAGAUGUUCGGAGUUGUUGGAUAUUAUGGAGAAAAAUCGUCUUCAGCUUAGUACCCAGACAUAUUCAUUGCUGCUAGAGGGAAUUGAUAGAACAGACAACAAAUAAAGUAUGAAGUUCGUACUUCUGUGAUUCUGCUGCAUAUGUUUGUGCAGUCAAGGAUGUCCACAACUAGAUCUUCAUUGACAAUGGAGAUCUUCAUGUGCACCUUGAUACCCUGUUGCUCGAAUAAAGAUCUCUCGUCCCAUGCCUGUAGGCUAUUCUGUUUAAGAGGAAUUUGCCUGCUGAGAGAUCACUCGGAAUCAUCACUUGGUACAUGCAGCUCCUUCUUACAAGUUU